AUGGCCAAAGGAUCCGAGCAAGAGGACGCCUUCCUCCGCCUCCCGGCCGCGCCGGCGGUGCCCGCCGCCGCCGCCGCGCCGGAGGAUUGCUACGCGGGCUUGGCGGGGCGAGGUCUGCUGCCUUUCGCCGAGGAGGGGCUGUGCGCCGCGGCGGGCGCCGAGAGAGGGCUCCCGGAGCCGGCGCUGCCCGCCGGCAUCAAGUCAGAAACACGCUUUAACAGCGAAGCGCUCUCCUCGGAAGAAGAGGAUGCGGGCGCCCGGGACGGCGCGCUAAAAGCCGCGGACCGGAGCCCGUCUGCCAGGAGGAGCGCCACGCAGAGCAUGAAGGACAAGAAGAAGCAGACUCAGCUCACCCUGCAAUGGCUGGAAGAAAACUACAUUGUUUGUGAAGGAGUUUGUUUACCAAGAUGCAUCCUUUAUGCACAUUAUUUAGACUUCUGCAGAAAAGAGAAGCUGGAACCUGCCUGUGCUGCAACUUUUGGGAAGACCAUUCGGCAGAAAUUCCCUCUGCUUACCACAAGGCGGCUUGGAACAAGGGGCCAUUCAAAGUAUCACUACUAUGGAAUUGGCAUUAAAGAAAGCAGUGCAUACUACCACUCUGUGUAUUCUGGAAAAGGCUUAACCAGGUUCUCUGGAAGCAAGUUAAAGAAUGAGGGUGGUUUCACUCGUAAAUAUUCUCUGAGUUCCAAAACUGGGACUCUCCUCCCAGAGUUUCCAAGUGCUCAACACCUUUUGCUUCAAGGGUGCAUUUCUAAAGACAAGGUAGAUACUCUUAUCAUGAUGUACAAAACACACUGUCAGUGUGUCCUUGACAAUGCAAUUAAUGGGAACUUUGAAGAGAUUCAGCAUUUCUUAUUACACUUUUGGCAAGGAAUGCCUGACCAUCUUCUUCCCCUGCUUGAAAAUCCCAUCAUCGUUGACAUCUUCUGUGUUUGUGACUCAAUACUCUAUAAGGUCCUUACAGAUGUACUCAUCCCUGCAACAAUGCAAGAAAUGCCAGAAAGUUUACUGGCAGAUAUAAGAAAUUUUGCAAAAAACUGGGAACAGUGGGUUGUUUCCUCUUUGGAAAAUCUACCAGAAAAUCUGACAGAUAAGAAACUGCCUAUUGCACGAAGAUUUGUUUCCUCUCUGAAACGACAGACGUCAUUCCUACACCUAGCACAGAUUGCUCGGCCAGCUCUUUUUGAUCAGCAUGUGGUGAAUUCCAUGGUGUCGGAUAUUGAAAAAGUUGAUUUGAAUAGUAUUGGCUCUCAGGCACUCCUUGCAGCCUCCGGGAGCACAGACUCUGAUGGGGAUGCCUACAGUGAAUAUGACUCUGUUACAGUGUUCCAAGAACUGAAGGACCUGCUAAAGAAGAAUGCCACUGUGGAAUCAUUUAUUGAAUGGUUGGAUACUGUGGUUGAGCAAAGGGUAAUCAAGGCAAGCAAGCAAAAUGGGAGGUCAUUAAAGAAGAGAGCUCAAGAAUUCCUUCUCAAAUGGAGUUUUUUUGGUGCUCGAGUGAUGCAUAACCUAACUCUAAACAACGCAUCGAGUUUUGGUUCUUUUCAUUUGAUCCGCAUGCUACUAGAUGAGUACAUCCUGCUUGCCAUGGAGACACAGUUCAACAAUGACAAAGAACAAGAACUCCAGAAUCUACUGGACAAAUACAUGAAGAAUUUAGAUGCAAGCAAAGCCACCUUUACCGCGUCACCAAGCUCUUGCUUCCUAGCAAACCGUAACAAAGCUGCUUCUCUGCCCAGCGACGCUUCCGUCAAAAAUGAGUGUCUAACAGAGCAAACCUACGUGUCCUUGUCAGCUAGCCAGCCUAGCAGUGUACCUUCUGGUCUGAACCCCUUCGCCACAGGAGACAAUGAGAAUAUGCAGCUGACAGGUCAGAUGGAGCUGUCCCAAAGCACUGGUCACCUGAUGACUCCACCCAUUUCACCAGCCAUGAUUAGCCGAGGAAGCGUUAUCAACCAGGGGCCAAUGGCUGUGAGACCUCCAAGUGUAGGUCCAGUGUUAUCCACACAUUCGCAGUGCUCUUCCUACUCAGAACCCCUUUAUCAGACUUUGUCACAAACUAAUCAGAAUUACUAUGGAAACAAUUCCAAUUACCAGGCUGUGUUCAGAACUCAGGCCCAUUCCACUUCAGGAGGUUACCACCACAGAGCAGAGCACAGCCGAUUCAAUGCCUUGAGUGAGCAGCAGUUCUCCAGAGACUACUUCAGCAACAGCUGUGCUGUGUCUCCAUACAAUGCCAGGUCCCCUUCCAGCUAUGGUCCCUCAUCUAUGUCUCAGGACACACAGAAUAUGCAGUUUCUGAAUACUGGGAGUUUCAAUUUCUUGAGCAACUCAGUGUCUACGUGCCCAGGAGCAGCAUAUCCCGCUAAUGCUUCCAAUGGAUACUAUGGAAACAAUGUAAAUUAUCCAGAAUCUCACAGACUUGGGACAAUGGUGGAUCAACAUGUUUCUGUAAUCAGCAGCGUAAGCAGCAUUCGAUCGUUGCCAUCGUACAAUGAUAUACAUGAUCCACUGAAUAUCUUGGAUGACGGCGGAAGAAAACAAACGGGCCCCUACUACACAGAGUCAUCUCCUUCAAUCGUCUGUCGGACGCCUAUGCCUUCAAACAUGCAAACUACAUCAUCUUCCCAGUGUAUGUAUGGAACAUCUGGUCAGUUCCCUUCUCAGGAAAAUCUGGAGUCCCACGGCCCCCCAAGCAGAGAUAUGGUGUCAUCUUUACCACCAAUCAACACUGUUUUCAUGGGAGCAGCUGCUGGAGGGACCUAACUGGGAGAGACAUGUCUGUGCCUUAAGCUUGCUUUC